GAAAGAAGAGAUUAUUCACAGUCCCGAAGCACAGAACCCAGUUGUACUGAGCUUUUGGCUAAACUAUUUUAGCCCAGAAUGGCUGUGGAGUCCAGAGAAGUUUCAACUCAGAUACCUCAGGAUCUUCAGGGACCAGAACUAAUAUUAGUGAAAAUAGAAGAGGGUGUUUCCUGGGAUCCAAAAUUUAAACAGAAUGGAAGUACCCAAUCCUGUCAAGAAGAAUCUCGCCAGCAGUUCAGAAAGUUUUGCUACCAGGAGACACCUGGGCCCCGGGAGGCUCUGGGCCGACUCCAGGAGCUUUGCCAUCAGUGGCUAAUGCCAGAGUUGCACACAAAGGAGCAGAUCUUAGAACUACUGGUCCUGGAGCAGUUCUUGAGCAUCCUGCCUGAGGAGCUGCAGAUGUGGGUUCAACAACAUAACCCAAAAAGUGGCGAGGAAGCUGUGACCCUGUUGGAGGAUUUGGAGAGGGAAUUUGAUGAUCCAGGGCAGCAGGCCCCUGCUAGUCUACAGGGACCAGCAGUGCCAUGGAAGGAUUUAACAUGUCGUGGAGCAUCCCAAGAGUCAACAAACAUCCAGUUCCAGCCUUUAAAGACACAGCUGAAAUCCUGGAAACCUUGCCUUUCCCCUAAAAGUGAUUGUGAGAACAAUGAAAUAGCAACACAGGAGGACAUUUCAGGAGAAAAAUCACAGCGAUUCCCUGGGGAACCUUCCUUUGGAGGAAUUAGUGAGCAUGAAAGCAAUUUAGGGUGGAAGCAAGGAAGUGCUACAGGGGAGAAAUUAAGAAGAUCUCCUUCCCAAGGGGGCAGUUUUAGGCAAGUGAUCUUCACACACAAAUCUCUAGGAAAGAGAGCCCAUUAUGAUGAUCCUGAAAAAUGUCUGAUUCUGACUGCAAACUCUUUAACUUGUCAGAAAUUUCCUCCAGAAGAGAGACCUUAUAGAUGUGAAAUAUGUGGGCACAGCUUUAAGCAGUAUUCCUCUCUAACACAACAUCAACGAAUCCAUACUGGAGAAAAGCCCUAUAAGUGUAACCAGUGUGGGAAGGCCUUUAGUUUGAGGUCAUACCUUAUUAUUCAUCAGAGAAUUCACAGUGGUGAAAAAGCAUAUGAAUGUAGUGAAUGUGGGAAAGCCUUCAAUCAGAGCUCAGCCCUCAUUAGACAUCGGAAAAUCCAUACUGGUGAGAAAGCUUGUAAAUGUAAUGAGUGUGGCAAAGCAUUCAGCCAAAGUUCAUAUCUCAUUAUACAUCAAAGAAUUCACACUGGUGAGAAACCUUAUGAGUGUAACGAGUGUGGGAAAACCUUUAGCCAGAGCUCAAAACUUAUUAGACAUCAGCGAAUCCAUACAGGAGAGAGACCCUAUGAAUGUAACGAAUGUGGCAAAGCUUUCAGGCAGAGCUCAGAGCUCAUUACCCAUCAGAGAAUACAUAGUGGAGAGAAACCCUAUGAAUGCAAUGAAUGUGGAAAAGCAUUCAGUUUGAGUUCAAACCUUAUCAGACACCAGAGAAUUCAUAGUGGAGAGGAACCUUAUCAGUGUAAUGAAUGUGGCAAAACCUUCAAAAGGAGCUCAGCCCUUGUUCAACAUCAGAGAAUUCAUUCUGGGGAUGAGGCUUACAUAUGUAGUGAAUGUGGGAAGACAUUCAGGCACAGAUCAGUCCUUAUGCGUCAUCAGAGAGUCCACACUGUAAAGUAACUUGUGAUAUUGUAAAUACUUCAGAUUUUUAUCUUUGUUAAUCAAAAGGGUUUACUUUAGAGGAAGACUCCAUAAAGGUUGUAAACUAUCAGAUCUUGAGUCAGUCUAACUUGCUUUGUGCAGCAUUUCCCAAUGCCAAUGUAAAUUGCCCCUCGAAAGCUUUUCCUGUGACUAAUCAGAAUAGAAGACAGGAGAAUCAUUACUUCCAGCUUUUCUCUUCCCAUUAGGAAUACUCAGGAAAAAUGAAAAAUAGGAAUGUAACAUUGAAGCUUCAUUUUUUUAUGGGAAUAUCAUGAAAAGCGACCCAAGCUCUGCCACUGCAUUUGAUUGUCAGUGUGCCGGGUUAGGGGGAUGGUGUGGACAGCACGAGGGACUUUGUCUCAGGAA